AUGCGGUUCUGGCGGAACGUGCGGAGCCACGCGCAGCAGCAAAUGCUCUAUGAAGACUUCCUGAAGACUAAGGGCAAAUGGCGCCAGGGUGUUGUCUGGAGAGAAGUGGUCCAGCGUCACAGGGGUGUAACUCGGGGAGUUCGAAAGUGGCUGACCAGGAAACAGCUCAUCGAACAUUUUGUGGAUGAAGAGACGGCCGAUGCUGUAAUUGCCAGGAAACACGAAAUUCAGGAUCUUGCGGGUACAGAGAUACGCGAACACCCAGAGUUACCAGGACUGGAACAGUACCUGGUCUUGGUUGAGGAUGAAGAAGUCCAAGAGGAUGAGAACCUUAUGACAGACAUGUUCAAAUGCAAAGAUGAGGGUUCAGCGUCUGAGAGUGAGUCAGCCAACAUGAAGGAGGCGUUUGAGAAGGAUGUGGGCCAGGCCUUGAAGAAGCUCUCAGACGCCCGCUCGGUGAUGCAGAAAGCCCUGGAAGUUUUGGAUGUGAAGAACACCGACAUCACCAAGUAUCUUCCAUUUUGGAUGCUGUCGCUGGAGGGGUUCAAUCGUGCUAGAGACUUUCGGCGAGCUUUGAAGCCACCAGUGGAGCUGGCUGUGGCAUACCGAGACUUUCGGCAACGGUUGAAGGCAAACCAGGUGCAAUGUGGACAGGACGCGCUGAACCAGAUGUUCUUGACAAUGGAGUCUUCUGGUCGGUACCUGUCGCCCAGCUGUCAUGAUCUGGAGAAGAUGUUCACCUUGGUGCAGCACGUGCCAGUGGAAAGCUUCAAGGGCCUUCAGACGGAGAACGUCCGAGACGAAUGA